AUGGCUCGGACUGUUCGAUCACAACCAAAUGAUGUGAUUCCGUUUCUGAAACCAUUCCGGAAGAUGGACAGCCGUGGAGAGCCGAUUCGGGCCAUCUUCGUCACAAUUCUGAUCUGUUGGAUGGGAAUUCUUAUCGCCGUCAUCGAAAACAUCACUGCACUAAUCACUCAGUCACUGUCGAUGUUGGGCGCAUUCCUGUGUGUGUGGGGGGGCAGUGAUGUUCAUCUCGGCAUGGCACUUUGCACUAGUCGCAUCUUCAUCGGUGCAGCCGUCUACAAGUAUAUUGAGUAUGCAGGAGCCGAGAAAGAGUGGGGAGACGGUAUUCGAGGUCUUGGCCUCAGUGCUGCCAGGUUUGCCUUGCUCAACGUCGACCCCAAACCCCAGCACAGUCGAAACUGGCGGCCACAACUACUGGUUCUCCUAGAGAACACCGAUUCGCCAAACACACACGGGAUGCUUUCUUUUGUUAGUCAGCUGAAAGCUGGAAAGGGUCUGACUCUGGUUGCUAUGUGUACAGAAGGCGAAUUUGCAAGGGAUGCUGAGCAGGCUGCAGCACAGCAGAGAAAUUUGGACACACUGAUGAAGAAGAACAAAAUCAAAGGAUUUGGUGAUAUAUUGGUGACGGAACAUAUCAUGGAAGGUGUCAGCUGUCUCGUACAGACAUCUGGUUUGGGAGCACUCAGACACAACACAGUGGUGAUAUCGUGGCCAGAGCAAUGGCAUACGGAACACUCAUGGAAUGUGGGCCAUCGUUUUGUUUCAGCCCUCAGGGCAUGCUCGGCUGCUAAGUGCGCCAUUCUUGUGCCGAAGAACGUGGAACGAUUCCCACCGUCCAACACGAAGGUGUCUGGCAAUCUGGAUGUUUGGUGGGUGGUCCAUGACGGAGGACUGUUGAUGUUGUUGCCGUUCCUGCUUCGACAACACAAGACAUGGAAAAAUGCAGUAAUUCGACUGUUCGCAAUCGCACAGUUGGAGGACAAUAAUGUGCAAAUGAAGUCCGAUCUCGAAAAGUUCCUAUACCACCUCCGUAUCGAAGCCGAGGUCUUUGUCAUUGAAAUGCCUGACUCGGACAUUUCCGACUAUACGUAUGAGCGAACGCUGAAAAUGGAAGAGCGAACUAAAUUGCUGAAGAAUUUGAAUAAAGCGGAUCGCGAGAAAGAUCUCCAGACGCAUAUCGAGGAGGUUGUGAGGGAGAGGAAACUCAGCAAAAUUAACGAGGAGGAAAUGGUGAGCAUCACUCUAUUCAUAGCGUCAUGUAAAUUUUGA